UCGGUGUGACUGGUGGGGGGGGGGCUGGGGGAUUCCUCUGAAUGGAUUUUGUCAAGGACGUGCAUGUGGGGCAGCAGGAGGCGAGGUGGGGGGAUGGACGCAUUGCACACAAGCACCAAAAUAGGACAGAAGGCCUGCCUGUGACGUCCCGCCUGUGCUAAAUUUAUUUUCAUGGAGAGGAGCAAACAGAAAGAGAGAAGACGGUCAUCGAGGAGCAUUCAUGGAGAAGGAGAAGAUGUCCCAUCAGCAGAAGGAUGGCUACACCUACGAGUUCCGCGAUGCAGAACAUCCAUCUGAGCUCCUGCACGCCCUGAGACGCUUCUACCUCAAGGGUCUGUUUACUGACAUCACGUUGCAGUGCGGCGACUCCGGUGAGGUGUUCCACUGCCACAAGGCGCUCCUGUCGGCGAGGAGCUCCUAUUUCCAAGUCAUGUUCACAGCUGACAUGAGGGAGCGUUCCAACAGCGUCAUUAAGCUAACCGGGGUGGACUACAGGGUUCUGGGCGCUCUGGUCAAUUACGUUUACACGUCUCAGGUGAGCAUCACAGAGAAGAACGUGCAGAGCCUGCUGGAGGCGGCGGACCUGCUGCAGUUCAUCCCCGUCAAAGAAGCGUGCCAAGCUUUCCUGGUUCGAGUCCUGGAUGUGGACAACUGCUUGGGCAUGCAUGCUUUUGCUCAGCUCCACUUGUGUCCUCAACUGGAGCGUGAAGCCCGGAGGAUGAUACUGAGCAGGUUCUCAGAGCUGAUCCAGCAGGAGGAGUUCCUGGAUUUGGAUCUGAAUAGAAUCCGGACCCUUGUAGCUGCGCAGACGCUGAGCGCACCGAAAGAUGAAGUGUUGAUAGACGCGGUGGCUAAAUGGCUGACCCACGACUCGGAGAACCGUCUUCAUUAUGCUGUGGACCUGCUCCGGUCCAUCCAUGUGGACUUGGAUGAGACUGACUUCAGAGCGAGCUUGGCGAUGCAAAAGCAGUUCUUGGUGGGGAGCGUUGAGAGACUUAAAUCUACCAUCAUGAAGGCUUCCCGACCAAAGGAGAUACACGGCGGCGGGAAAAAAACGGCAUCAAACAUGUACAUCAUCGGAGGUUACUACUGGCACCCUCUGUGCGAAGUUCACAUAUGGGAUCCGUCCAGCGACACGUGGCUGCGAGGGAAAGACAUGCCGGAUCACGCCAGAGAGAGCUACAGUGUGGCUUUACUGGGGGCGGACAUCUACGUGACUGGCGGCUACAGGACCAACACGGUGGAAGCUCUGGACUUGGUCUUUAUUUAUAACUGCGACCAUGACGACUGGACCGAGGGCUGCCCCAUGAUCACGGCCAGAUACUACCAUUGCUCCGUGGCGCUGCACGGCUGCAUUUACGCCAUAGGGGGCUACAGGGGGGGCGCUCCAGAACAGGAAACGGAAUGUUAUGACCCACUCAAGAAGACAUGGUUCCCUGGCGCAAGAAUGAUCCAAGGCGUAGGAAAUGCCACCGCUUGUGCGGCGGGAGAUAAGAUCUAUGUGACGGGAGGCCACUAUGGCUUCAGAGGAAGUUGCACCUACGAGAAGAUCCAAGUUUACAAGCCCGAUACCAACGAGUGGAGCAUCAUCACCAUCAGCCCUCAUCCAGAGUAUGGACUGUGUUCCGUGUCUUUGGAGAAGAAACUAUAUUUGGUGGGGGGGCAGACCACGAUUGCAGACUGUUAUGACACAGAAGGGGAGGAAUGGAGCUCCAUAUCGGUGAUGAAGGAGAGGAGAAUGGAGUGUGGCGCCACGGUGAUGAACGCUUGCAUCUACGUGACGGGAGGGUACUCCUACUCCAAAGGGAUGUACCUGCAGAGCAUAGAGAGAUACCACCCACAGCUGGACACCUGGGAGAUGGUGGGGACUCUUCCAGGACCUUCCAGAUCACACGGAUGUGUUUGUUUUUACAGAGUUUAGUGUCCCGAUGAAUGGUUGCCAUUUUUUGCCAAAUAAUGCAAGUAUCCGUCCAACCGUCCGCCUUCCGUCGUUGAUCCGAGGUCGGCUCACAGGGGGCAGCAGCUUAACUUCCCUCCUCCGGGCCCCUCCCAGUGGAUCCCAGGCCAGUUGGAAACAGUCUCUCCAAUGGGUCUUCUAUAUGGACCUCCCCAGGGAUGUAUCUGGGAGGCAUCCUGACCACAUUCCCGAGACACCUCAUCUGGUUCUACUGAGUUUCUCCAAGAUGACAGUAGAUCCUAAAAAAACAGUGAUCCUGUCAUAUACUGUAAAGCAGGGGUCUCAAACUCAAUUUACUUGGGGGCCACUGGAGCUCGGGUCUGGGUGAGACUGGGCCGCAUCAGGUUU